AUGAAAUUGGAGCUACACAGCAAGAUGAUCAGAAUCUGGGUUGUUGUGGUAUUUUUCAGCACAAUAUAUGUGACACAAUGCGACAAUAUUCAGUGGCAAGUUAAAGUAAGGGAGGUUUACAUUGGUGACACAGUGACUCUCUGCUGUGUUUUCUCAAAUAGAAUAUACAAUAGGGGAAACAUGUACUGGUUUGAGCAAAUAGUGGGGGAAAUCCCUCAAGUUGUUGCAAGGAUGCAGAAAUUUCAGUCCAAGCCGGAACUGUACAAGGAAUUUAACAAUUCCCAUCUCAAUCUGGAGAAGGCUGAAGCUGAUUGGAUAUAUCGUCUUACAAUCCCAAAGAUGGAACCAACGGAUGAAGCAAUUUACUAUUGUGCAAGAAGGACAGAAUACGAUGUAAACUUUAUCAAUGGGACUUUUUUAGUAUUAAAAGGCAAUGAGAAGAUACCUACUGUUGUAGAGCGGCCAAUGUCUGACCCAUUCCACCCAGGAGACUCUGUGACUCUACAGUGUACAGUACUCUCUGAGACCUGUACAGGAGAACACAGUGUGUACUGGUUCAGAGCCGGAUCAGGAGAAUCCCAUCCAGGAUUAAUUUACACCCCUGGGAACAGGAGUGAUGAGUGUGAGAAGAGCUUUGAGUGUCCCUCUUCUACAAAGAGCUGUGUCUACAGCCUGUCCAAGAACAACCUUAGUCUCUCUGAUGCUGGGACUUACUACUGUGCUGUGGCCACGUGGGGGCAGAUCCUGUUUGGCAAUGGAACAAACCUGAAUAUUGAAAAAGCAACAGAUCCUGUAAUCAUUGCUCUGGGAGUGACCUCAGCAUUCUGUCUGAUAGCGAUCCUUAUCCUCAUCUGCACCAGACAUACUAGAGCAGUUUGUGAACAUUGUAAAUUGGGUGCUUCUCAGCAUAUCAGACAUGACAUCUCAACUAGAGAAUCAAGCAGCCAGGAUCAAGAUGCAUAUAUUUUGAACUAUGCUGCAUUGCAUUACUCUGAGAGGAAAACUAAAAGAGGAAGAAAGAAGAGAGAGACACCACAGGAGAGUGUGUACUCUGAUGUUAGGUACUCAGACUGGGAGUGAACUUUGUUUCAGAUACAGCAUCGACUAAAUUAUCUCAGUCAAGCGUCUCCAUUUAGACAAAAUGUAGGGUGUUCAGACUGGGACUGAGUUACAGUGCAAGAAUACAUUUUUCAAUUGCUACUAUAUACUGUAAUAUUCAAGACAAACAAGCAACACUCUUUUUGUAUAAUAGGGCAACCCAGAACUAAAUCUAAUUUCUAGACUACUGUGAGUAGAGGAACCAGGACAUUUGAGCAUCUUGCCCAUGUUCUGUUAAAAUCUCCACCCGGCACAGCCAGAAGAGGGCUGGCCACCCCUCAUAGCCUGGUUCCUCUCUAGGUUUCUUCCUAGGUUUUGGCCUUUCUAGGGAGUUUUUCCUAGCCACUGUGCUUCUACACCUGUAUUACUUGCUGUUUGGGG